ACCACUCUCUUCUCCUGUUUUCCUCUUCCCCAACUCUCAAUUUUGCUCAGACAAAAAAUCAAUGGCUUUGCAAGUGCAGCAAACUUCAGCAGCCUUCACAAUCUCCUCACCAUCCACCGCCGCUGCACGCAUCAAACUCUCCCCUUUCAGAACCGUGGCGGUUAACCGCGGAGUUAGAUGCAGCGGCGGUGGAGUCGGAGGCGGAGAUGCCGGGAAGAAAAAAGCAGUUCCUAAUUCGAAUUAUGUAGUUCCUAUUGACAAAUUCUCGUCUUCUUCGUCGAUUACUAGGCCUUUGAUUGAGAUACUUCGUGACCUUAAUAAGAAGAUUCCUGAUAACAUUGUUAAGAGUCAUGAUCCUCCUUCUACUUCUGCUGCUACUUCUGGUUUUAUCCCUUGGUACCAUGCAAAUCGGAUGCUUAGCUUCUAUGCUCCUGGUUGGUGUGGUGAAGUUAGAGAUGUUAUUUUCUCUGAGAAUGGAAAUGUUACUGUUGUUUAUCGUCUCACUAUUCGUGGCUCUGAUGGUGAGGCACAUCGUGAAUCAACUGGGACAGUAACGACGACUGAUGAUCACAUCGAGGAUCCAGUUACUGCAGCUGAGGAAAUAGCAUUCUGCAGAGCAUGUGCUCGAUUUGGUCUCGGCUUGUAUCUAUACCACGAAUAGUUCACCGAUCAUAUCAAGUUUCCUUACUGUUUUUCAAGACCCUCAAUUCCGUGAUCUGUUUGUUUUUUCUUCCUUCUUUUUGACAUCCUUGUGUUAUCUAGAGUACCAAAACAUGCAAUUAACAGGAGUUUUUAUGUAUAACCAAACUCUUCAUGUUAUAAUAUAUACAGUUACAUUACAUUAAAUA